AUGUAUUUGCCCGCACUCCUGUUGUCUGUAAAUAUCCUGGCCACUGGAGGCCAGACCACUCUGGAAAACACCGUUUCAUCCUUGGACAACGAGGAUUCCUUUAAAUUGCUGAUUGAAGAGGUCAUGAUCAAGUUUUUGCACACUAGCAGUUGCGUUGCUGUUGUUUCAGAUCCUAUUAAUCAAGAGAUAUUCGUUAAAUCUUGGUUUAGGAGGUUCGGAAUCUUUAUCUCUUUUAUCAUGAUAAAUGUGGAAGAGAAUGAAGAUCUUCUUGCACCAAGUGAAGAAACCAAAGAUUCUCUGUUGUUGGCCAAGCAUGAAGGCUGCCAAUUGUAUAUUAUUCUAAUAAGUAAUGGGUUGCAAGUAUCCAGAUUGUUGAGAUUUGGAGACAGAUAUAGAGUUUUGGCAACAAGAUCCAAGUACGUUAUGUUGUUUGACAACCGUUUGUUCGUAAAUGACCUUCAUUAUUUGUGGAAGAGGAUAAUCAAUGUUAUUUUUAUAAAGACAUACGUAGGACAAACCAACGAUAAAAAGAAGUCCCCUUGGUAUGAGAUAACAACGGUACCGUUUCCUUCACCAAUCGGUUCCAUAUUGAUUCCAAGAAGAUUAGAUAUCUGGACACAAAACCGCUUCCGUAAAGGUGUUGAUUUAUUCAGAGACAAGACCGCAGAUUUAAGAAAUCAAACCUUGAAUGUAGCCGCCUUCGCUCAUCUACCGGGUACUGCUAAAAAUGAAAAUAUACCCAAAGAUUCAGUCCGAGCUCAAAUGGGCGAGAACGAAACUGUAUUUACUGGAGCCGAAGUCGAGAUCCUAAACACAGUAUCGAAUAAAAUGAACUUCCGCUCGAAGAUCUACGAGCCACGCCACGCCGACGAGGAGUUGUGGGGCAGGAAACAGAUCGGCAGAAAGUAUACAGGCCUAAUUGGUGAAAUGAUUAAUUCUUAUGCUGACGUCGCCCUGGGAGAUUUGUAUUAUACGCCCUAUUUGCUUGAUUUAAUGGACCUGAGCGUGCCUUACAACACCGAAUGUCUUACGUUCCUGACUCCGGAAUCGUUGAGUGAUAACUCCUGGAAGACGCUCAUUAUGCCUUUCAAGGGCAUAAUGUGGGCGUCCGUGGUGGUUUGUCUGAUUGUGUGCGGACUGGUUUUCUAUGUUCUGGCCAGGUUCCACGAACACAUCACCGCACUCGAGGAGGGCAACAAACGGGCGAGGGUUAAUCCGGUUUACGGCAAGAAGAAACAAAUUAUUUCGCUGUCAAUCUUGCCGACGGACAAGAAAUGCAAUUCUGACACGAAAUACGCCAUUAUGAAGGAGCAGUAUGCGGCUACAACUGUAGAAGGGGAAGCAGUUGGUUUGUAUCAGUUCAGUGAGCCGUUCAACAGUAUGUUGUACACAUACAGCAUGUUGUUGCUGGUUUCUUUGCCUAAACUGCCAACUGGAUGGUCAUUGAGGAUGUUGACUGGAUGGUACUGGUUGUACUGCCUUCUGUUGGUUGUUGCAUACAGGGCUAGUUUAACUGCCAUUUUAGCCAGACCGCAGCCGAGAGUAACAAUCGAUACGGUGGAGGAGCUGGUGGAUAGUAAGUUGACAUACGGAGGCUGGGGCGAGAUAAAUCGUGAGUUCUUCAAAUCGGCCCUGGAUCCGGCUAGCAAGGCGAUCGCCGAAAAGUUCACGAUUGUUAAUGACUCGAGCGAGGCGGUGGAUCGAGUGGCCGAGGCGUCGUUCGCCUUUUACGAAAACACUUAUUUCCUGAAGGAGGCAAUAGUGAAGAGACAGCUUCGCUUCCAGAUGAACAGGACCAAUUCGACGACGAAUAACACUCAGGAGGCGAGGGAUAUCGCGAGCGAGGAUCGCAAUCUGCACAUCAUGACCGAUUGCAUAAUCAAUAUGCCAGUUUCGAUAGGUUUGCAGAAGAAUUCGCCAAUAAAGCCGAGGGUCGACGAAUUAAUACGACGCGUCUUAGAAGCGGGGCUCAUUAAAAAGUGGUUGGAUGACGUGAUGCAAAGUGUAUUGAAUGCCGAUCGACAAAAGGAAAACGUUUCGACCAAGGCGAUAAUGAGCAUGAAAAAAUUCUUCGGGGCAAUCGUAGCCCUUCUCAUCGGCUACUUUAUCAGUUUUCUAGUUUUCGUUGCCGAAAUGUUGUACUUUCAUUACGUGAUCAAGAGAAAUCCCAAUUAUAAUAAGUACUCCAGAAAUCUAAAUGACGUAAAAAAAUCAGAUUAAUUUUAAUUAAUUAAUCUGGAUCAUUUUUUGGACUUAUGAAA